AUGGGCGUAACAUCAUGCCAACUCAAUAACCUUUUAGAGAACAAGUUAUACCAGAUUCAAGUAGUAGCAAUAAAUGUGGUUACUAACUUUAGGUCUCAGUCGGCUCCGGUGUUUAUUGAGACUUUACCCAAACCUGCAAAUCAACUUCAAAGCAACACGACAUUACCUAUGAUCACCGACAAUGAAGUCAAAGUGUCCAGAAUCAGUCAAAUCAAAGAUUCUGACUCGAAACCUUCAAAGACUAAUUUGCCAUUGCAUUUAGAACCUGAGGAUGUGAAGACUAAUAAAUCACCUGAAUCCUUGAAUGAAUAUCUUUUGCUCUAUCAAAACGAGUUACGCAAGGCGAGGGAAGAAUAUGAAAUGAAUCAUGACCAGCUCAAUCAAGAAAUAGGCAAAUUGAAUCAAGAAUUGAAAUUUUAUAAGAAAGAAUAUGAACAAGAAACUGGGACUAAGAUGAGAAAAGAUUUCAACGUCAAGGACCUAGAGAAAAAGAGAGAUAACUUAACUUUCCAAAAAAGUAAGAUCGCUAAAGAAUUGAAGUCUCUAGAAUCGAUGAAUGAUAUUUAUAAGUCUGAAUUAAAUGACUUGAAGAAUAAGAUAAAGAAAUUGACGGAAAGGAAGCAACAGAUUAUGAGAUAUGAAAAGACUGAUCGCCUGAAAAUAGAGAGACAAAUUAAAAAGGUUAUGGGAGAAAUUGAAAUAUUGAAAAUAGAGAACGAUGAAAGUGAAGAUGUCUGCAAAACUUUAACUGCAGAAAAGAAAGAGAUUUCUAUUGCUUUUAAUAGCCUUAAGCCAUUAGUCGAAUCAUUCAACAGUGAAACUAUUUUUAAUAAAGAAGGAAAUUUAACCCCAAAAGCAAGUGAAUUAUUGGAUAAAUUAUACAAGCUCCAGCCAACCUGGGCAAAUGACAUUACCAAUGAAAUCUACAACUCAGUCAAUUUUGAAAUUAACUGGAAAUCAACGUUUAGAUCAGAAAUCAGAAAGUUUUUAUCAAUCCAACAUAGCUUCGAAAUUGCCAAAGUUAAUCAGGAUAAAACUUAUCAGCCGAUUAAAAUGUCUGAACAUCAGGCUAGUAUAGAGUUUGGUGGUUUUAGUAACGCAUUGCCUAAGAAACCUAAGCGAAGCUUUUCUCCGUUGACUUCUCUGCAAUCACAAGUGAAUGAUGAGCAUAGUAAUGACCAAGGGAAUGACCAAGGGAAUGAAUGGUAUAAUUUCUACGGACAGGUUUAUUCGAAUGAAUCGGCAGAACAACUUCAGAACUUACCAAACCAACAGCAAUAUAAUGAGCAUUUUGAUCCUAUCCCAUCGCAAGGAGUGACUUAUGAUGACACGGUUUACAGUCAAGUGAAUAAUGGUCUUCUUAACUCUCCAGUCCAGGAGGAUGCAUUGCUACAAACUGAUUUGUUGAACCAGGAUCUUUUGACCCCCAAUUCGUUGAUGAGGAAUAAUGAGUCAUAUUUUGGCUAUCAGUCUUCGUUGCCCAAUAUUAACACCGUAUGGAAUUCAGGCAUAGAUACAAGAAUGAAUGCUAAUAUGAAUGCAAAUAUCACUAAUGCCAAUAUGAACCAUACCAGCCUUAAUACUGGGUUAUCUGGAGUCAAUUCCAAUAUUAACAAUCCUACUAUCAAUAAUACCAACAUUAGUGGUUUGUCUGGCACCAACAUGUCCAACUCCAACUCCAGCUUGAAUUUCGGGUUAAGCAACAUGCCUGCUGACUUGAAUAGCCCCUAUAGUGACUUUAAAGGGAAGUAUGGGGAUCUACAGACCCAUUACAAUGACUUGAACAGAUUGCCGUAUAAUCCCGACAUUAGCCUUUUUAACCCGGUUUUGGACCGCAGUGUCUCCAGUCUCAACAACAAGUACUUUGCUCCUCAAAAUGCCGAUGUUGAGCUCAAUGAUACUCCUACGUCUACAACAAGUAACAAUCCUAUCCUGUCACCAAUAGGCUCCUUGCUUUCUCCGCCACCUCAUACGACUCAGCACCAAAAGGACUUUGGUAAUUUAUGGCUAGACAAACCCUACACCCUGCAUAAUAGAACUGUGUCGGGUUCCAACUCCCAGAUUUGGAGAAAUGAUCAUUUAGGCCACAGUCAUAAUUUCAAUUUGCAAUUGUUUUCGUCUUCUCCUUCGUUAAACAAAAACGAGAGUGACCUAGACUUGAGCCAAAAUACUUAA